CCCACGUUAGUUUUCUCCGAUUGUGAAUUUCUCAAAAUCACAACACCGAAAAAUUGAAACCCUAACGCCGCACAGCUCACAGAGUCUCCGUCUCCGAUCACCGUCAGCCGUCCAACAACCGCCGUUAAUCAGAUGGCAUUGCGAGGAGUUUGGCAACUGAAGAAGCUCGUUGUUAGCUUUAGCGAUUGGGGUGGAAGUAGCAGAGGCAUUAGGGCAUUUAUGGAGUCACAUUUGCCAGCGUUUAAGGAGGCGAACCCUCAGUUAGAGGUGGACACUGAAAUGAUUCGUGGUCAGCAUCCACAUCUAAAGGCUUUUUACAAGAACCAUAAUGACCGAGUGGUGUGUGUGAAGAAUAUGGAUCCGGAAGAGAUACUUCUGCAUGCAACCAGGCUAAGGAAUGCAUUGGGAAGGAAAGUAAUUAAGUUGAGGACAAGACAUGUAACCAAACACCCUAGCGUGCAAGGUACAUGGACAACUGCUUUGAAAUAUUAGGAUGAAAAAAAGAAAGUUACCCUAGUAGUGCUAAGUCAAUCCUUUUCUCUGGUCAGUUAGUCAAAUAUUUGUGAACUAGUGAGCUUAAGUUCUCAUGUUGGCUAAGUGUUUGAUUGAUUUAUUAUCAGGUGGUUGUGGCUAAGAAACCGAGUUUGUUUACUCCCUUAUAUAUUGUUAGUUUGUAAUAAUAGCUAUCAGAUUAAUCAGAGUUCUGAAAUUAUUUUGCCUUCAUA